GUGGAGGAUAGUCGGCUGUGUGUACGCUAGGUAUCUGUACAUCAGCACUCGCACUUAUUACUGAAAACAUUCCCUAAAAUGAUAAAGAAAUUUGAUAAGAAGGACGAGGAGGCCGGAAGUGGCUCCAACCCAUUUCAGCAUCUGGAGAAGAGUGCUGUACUGCAAGAGGCUCGUAUCUUUAAUGAGACACCCAUCAACCCACGAAGAUGCCUUCACAUCCUGACAAAAAUUAUCUACUUGCUCAACCAGGGUGAGCACUUUGGAACCACAGAGGCCACUGAAGCUUUCUUUGCCAUGACAAGGCUCUUCCAGUCAAAUGAUCAAACUCUGCGAAGGAUGUGCUAUCUAACAAUCAAAGAGAUGGCCAACAUUUCUGAGGAUGUCAUCAUUGUUACAAGCAGUCUGACCAAGGACAUGACUGGUAAGGAGGAUGUGUACAGAGGCCCUGCCAUCAGAGCUCUCUGCAGAAUUACUGAUACCACUAUGCUACAAGCCAUUGAGAGAUACAUGAAACAGGCUAUAGUGGACAAGGUGCCUAGUGUCUCCAGCUCAGCUCUUGUCUCUUCUCUGCACAUGGUGAAGAUGAGUUAUGAUGUAGUGAAGCGCUGGGUGAAUGAAGCUCAGGAAGCAGCCUCUAGUGACAACAUUAUGGUGCAGUACCAUGCUCUAGGUUUGCUGUAUCAUCUGCGGAAAAAUGAUAGGCUUGCUGUGACUAAGAUGCUCAACAAGUUCACCAAGUCCGGUCUCAAGUCUCCUUUUGCCUACUGCAUGCUGAUUCGCAUUGCCAGCAAGCUGCUGGAAGAGACAGAGGGAGGACAUGAUAGCCCUCUGUUUGACUUUAUUGAGAGCUGUUUAAGGAAUAAGCAUGAGAUGGUGGUCUACGAAGCAGCCUCUGCUAUUGUCCAUAUGCCUAACUGCACCGCCAGAGAGCUUGCUCCUGCUGUGUCUGUGCUCCAGCUAUUCUGCAGCUCACCUAAAGCGGCGCUGCGCUAUGCAGCUGUGAGGACCCUCAAUAAAGUGGCAAUGAAGCACCCAUCUGCAGUGACAGCCUGUAACCUGGAUUUGGAAAAUCUAAUUACAGACUCCAAUCGCAGCAUUGCUACACUGGCUAUUACCACCCUACUAAAGACCGGCAGUGAAAGCAGUGUGGACCGUCUAAUGAAACAGAUCUCCUCCUUUGUCUCUGAGAUCUCGGAUGAAUUCAAGGUGGUUGUGGUCCAAGCCAUCAGUGCCCUGUGUCAGAAGUAUCCUAGGAAGCACAGUGUGAUGAUGAACUUCUUGUCAAACAUGCUGAGAGAUGAUGGUGGCUUUGAGUAUAAGCGUGCUAUUGUGGACUGCAUCAUCAGCAUCAUUGAGGAGAACCCAGAGAGUAAGGAGACUGGUCUGGCUCACCUUUGUGAGUUCAUUGAGGACUGUGAGCACACCGUCUUGGCCACCAAGAUCCUGCACCUGCUGGGCAAGGAAGGGCCGCGCACCCCCUCACCAUCGAAAUACAUCCGCUUCAUAUUCAAUCGAGUGGUGCUUGAGAGUGAAGCAGUCCGUGCUGCUGCUGUGAGUGCCUUGGCUAAGUUUGGAGCACAGAAUGAUGACCUGCUGCCUAGCGUACUGGUCCUAAUGCUAAGGUGCAUGAUGGACAGUGAUGAUGAGGUGAGAGACAGAGCCACAUUCUACAUGAAUGUCCUGCAGCAGAAACAGAAGGCUCUAAAUGCUGCUUACAUCUUUAAUGGCUUGUCUGUAUCCAUUCCUGGACUGGAAAAGUCACUUCACCAGUAUACACUGGAGCCUUCAGAGAAACCCUUCGAUAUGAAGACAGUUCCUUUGGCUACUGCACCAAUAACGGAGCAAAAGACAGAUAUUGCUCCAGUGGCUACAAGCAAGGCCCCAGAAAAACUUGCACCCUCUCGCCAAGACAUUUAUCAAGAGCAACUCUCUGCCAUUCCUGAUUUCCAAAAUCUUGGUCUUCUGUUCAAGUCUUCAGAGCCAGUGCAACUGACAGAGGCUGAGACUGAAUAUGUAGUUCGUUGCAUCAAGCACACUUUUACAGCUCACAUGGUGUUCCAGUUCGAUUGCACCAACACACUUAACGAUCAGCUACUGCAGCGGGUGCUGGUACAGAUGGAGCCAUCCGAGGCCUAUGAAGUGAUGCACCAUGUCCCGGCACCGAGCCUGCCUUACAACCAGCCUGGCUCCUGCUACACACUCGUCCGUCUGCCUGAUGAUGAUCCUACAGCAGUCUCCUGUACAUUUAGCUGUACAAUGAAAUAUCUGGUUCGGGACUGUGAUCCAAACACUGGCGAACCAGAUGAUGACGGUUAUGAUGACGAAUAUGUGUUAGAGGAUCUGGAAGUGACAGUAGCCGACCACAUACAGAAAGUUCUGAAGCCAAAUUUUGGUGCAGCAUGGGAAGAGGUUGGAGCUGACUUUGAGAAAGAAGAGACCUUUGCUCUUUCUUCAGUCAGGACUCUGGAUGAGGCUGUCAACAACAUAAUCAGCUUUUUGGGUAUGCAGCCAUGUGAACGCUCAGACAAGGUGCCUGAAAACAAGAACUCUCACGUCCUCUUCCUUGCAGGUGUGUUCCGGGGAGGUUAUGACAUGUUGGUGCGGGCACGCCUGGCUCUCGCUGAUGGAGUCACCAUGCAGGUGACUGUGCGAAGUACUGAUGAAAAUGUUGUUGAUGUCAUUCUUGCAUCCGUUGGUUAGGAGAAUGGCAGAAUCUUUGGAUCGUGUUUUCGGCCAAUAAAAAUGUACGCUCUACCAGUUAACAUAAUGUAUUGUUUAUAUAACUUUUGCACAGUUCUGUAUUCAAUGUUUGCUUCCAUCGAUAACAUUUGCUGAAAUAGAGAAAAUUAUUCGACUUAGAUGCAUUACUUUAUUAUCUGUCUUUAUUCAUGUGAGCCAUUAUGAUUUAGGUUUAGUCCUGUUUUGUUGUCAAAGGUGAAUUUUAUUUCCGAGCAGCAAUCGUCAACCCAGAAAGACUUUUACAUUGAUCAAUAAACAGAGGGACGAGGGAAAACCUAUAAAGCAUUUUUGUUGUUUAAAAUGUUUGUCUCAAAAAAUACAAAGUGGAAAAUAAACAUGGUUCUGCUAAA